UGCUGCAGGCUCCGCGGCGGCGGCAACGGAGGCUGCGGGGGCGACGGCGAGAGCGGCCGGGCUUCGGGGGGGAGCCGAGCCCGGCCCGGGAGCCCGAGCAGUGCAAGUGCGAGGCACCUAGGCCCCUCACGCUGGACUCCUCAGUCUCCCGGCCGCCUGUCCUCCACACGGGUAUAUGGGAUGGAAGCGGGACCCUCGGGAGCAGCUGCAGGUGCCUACCUGCCUCCCCUGCAGCAGGUGUUCCAGGCACCUCGCCGGCCUGGCAUUGGCACUGUGGGCAAACCAAUCAAGCUUCUGGCCAAUUACUUUGAGGUGGACAUUCCUAAGAUUGACGUUUACCAUUAUGAGGUGGACAUCAAGCCGGAUAAGUGUCCUCGCAGAGUCAACCGGGAGGUGGUGGAAUACAUGGUCCAGCAUUUCAAGCCUCAGAUCUUUGGGGACCGCAAGCCUGUGUAUGAUGGAAAGAAGAACAUUUACACCGUCACAGCUCUGCCCAUUGGCAAUGAGAGGGUUGACUUUGAGGUGACAAUCCCUGGGGAAGGGAAAGAUAGAAUUUUUAAGGUCUCCAUCAAGUGGCUAGCCAUUGUGAGCUGGCGUAUGCUGCAUGAAGCCCUGGUCAGUGGCCAGAUCCCUGUGCCCUUGGAGUCUGUGCAAGCCCUGGAUGUGGCCAUGAGGCACCUGGCGUCUAUGAGGUACACCCCUGUGGGCCGCUCCUUCUUCUCACCGCCUGAGGGCUACUACCACCCGCUGGGGGGUGGGCGCGAGGUCUGGUUCGGCUUUCACCAGUCUGUGCGCCCUGCCAUGUGGAAGAUGAUGCUCAACAUUGAUGUCUCUGCCACUGCCUUCUACAAAGCACAGCCAGUGAUUGAGUUCAUGUGUGAGGUCCUAGACAUCAGGAACAUAGAUGAACAACCCAAGCCCCUCACGGAUUCUCAGCGUGUUCGCUUCACCAAGGAGAUAAAAGGCCUGAAGGUGGAAGUGACCCACUGUGGACAGAUGAAGAGGAAAUACCGCGUGUGUAAUGUUACCCGCCGCCCUGCUAGUCAUCAGACGUUUCCCUUGCAGCUGGAGAGUGGACAGACUGUGGAGUGCACCGUGGCACAGUAUUUCAAGCAGAAAUAUAACCUUCAGCUGAAGUAUCCCCACCUGCCCUGCCUACAAGUCGGGCAAGAACAGAAGCAUACCUAUUUGCCCCUGGAGGUCUGUAACAUUGUGGCCGGGCAGCGGUGCAUUAAGAAGUUGACUGACAACCAGACCUCAACCAUGAUAAAGGCCACAGCUAGGUCGGCCCCAGACAGACAGGAGGAGAUCAGUCGCCUGAUGAAGAAUGCCAGCUACAACUUAGAUCCCUACAUCCAGGAAUUUGGAAUCAAAGUGAAGGAUGACAUGACGGAGGUGACGGGCCGAGUGCUGCCGGCGCCCAUCUUGCAAUAUGGCGGCCGGGUGAGCAGGAACCGGGCCAUUGCUACACCCAACCAAGGUGUCUGGGACAUGCGUGGGAAACAGUUCUACAAUGGGAUUGAGAUCAAAGUCUGGGCCAUCGCCUGCUUCGCACCCCAAAAACAAUGUCGAGAAGAGGUGCUCAAGAACUUCACAGACCAGCUGCGGAAGAUUUCCAAGGAUGCGGGGAUGCCCAUCCAGGGUCAGCCUUGUUUCUGCAAGUACGCACAAGGUGCGGACAGCGUGGAGCCCAUGUUCCGACAUCUCAAGAACACCUACUCGGGACUGCAGCUCAUCAUCGUCAUCCUGCCGGGGAAGACGCCAGUGUAUGCUGAAGUGAAACGUGUUGGAGAUACACUCUUGGGAAUGGCAACACAGUGUGUGCAGGUGAAGAAUGUGGUUAAGACCUCACCUCAGACUCUGUCUAACCUCUGCCUCAAGAUCAAUGUCAAACUCGGUGGCAUUAACAACAUCCUCGUCCCACACCAGCGCUCUGCUGUUUUUCAACAGCCAGUGAUUUUCCUGGGAGCAGAUGUUACACACCCCCCAGCUGGGGACGGGAAGAAACCGUCUAUCACAGCGGUGGUCGGCAGCAUGGACGCACACCCCAGCCGCUACUGUGCUACCGUGCGCGUGCAGCGCCCCCGGCAGGAGAUCAUUGAAGACUUGUCCUAUAUGGUGCGUGAGCUGCUCAUCCAGUUCUACAAGUCCACUCGCUUCAAGCCCACCCGAAUCAUCUUCUACCGAGAUGGGGUCCCUGAGGGCCAGCUCCCCCAGAUCCUUCACUAUGAGCUGCUUGCCAUUCGAGAUGCCUGCAUCAAACUGGAAAAAGAUUACCAGCCUGGGAUCACUUACAUUGUGGUGCAGAAACGCCAUCACACCCGCCUUUUCUGUGCUGACAAGAAUGAGCGAAUUGGGAAGAGUGGAAACAUCCCUGCUGGGACCACUGUGGACACCAACAUCACCCACCCGUUCGAGUUUGACUUCUAUCUGUGCAGCCAUGCAGGCAUCCAGGGUACCAGCCGACCGUCCCAUUAUUAUGUCCUGUGGGAUGACAACCGGUUCACAGCAGAUGAACUCCAGAUCUUGACAUACCAGCUGUGCCACACUUACGUACGAUGCACACGCUCUGUCUCCAUCCCAGCACCUGCCUACUACGCCCGCUUGGUGGCUUUCCGGGCACGAUACCACCUGGUAGACAAGGAGCAUGACAGUGGAGAAGGGAGCCACAUAUCGGGGCAGAGCAAUGGGCGAGACCCCCAGGCCCUGGCCAAAGCUGUGCAGGUUCACCAGGAUACUCUACGCACCAUGUACUUCGCUUGAAGGCAGAACGCUGUUACCUCACUGGAUAGAAGAAAGCUUUCCAAGCCCUGGGAGCUGUACCACCCAAAUCCAGAGGAAGCAAGGAAGAGGGAGGUGGGGUCGGGAGGCAUAUAGAAGACCUUGUUUCUAUCUACAGAGGGGAUCUAAGGGUGGGAAGAGGACCAGCAAGACAGACUACCAGCCAGAAAUCUGAUAGCAACCUCAUGUCCUCCCCCGCCUUCCCAUCGUGUUACAUCUGACCCCACUGGACCAAAAGGGGCAGCAUUAGUGCCCACCAUACACACAGUUGUCUCGUGUGACUCACAGUGCUAAAGACUCAUGCUUGACAGCUUGCUAGGGUCGGCUCUGCAGUCCUGUGGUCAAAUGCUGGUAUGUUUGGGUUUGAUAAUUCUAGAUGAGAAAGUGAGGGGCUUGAGAAAGCGGGUGGGAGGAGGGAAGGAAUUUUUAGGAGCCUUAAUCAGAAAAGGUCUAGAUUUGUUUAAGAAGAAAAAUGAAAACAGACUCAGAUCAAUAUUUUAGGAUACUAGAUGUUUUCAUGGGUUCAGAAUCCAGUUUGUAGGGAGAUUUUUAAUGCUAAUGGUUUGGGUUGCUCCUCCCCAGCUGCCACCCCCCCACCCCCCAAUUAUUCCUCUCCAUAUUUUCUACCCCAUAUGCCUCUUCCCUGACAGACAUCCAGCCCCUAGUAACACUUAAGGCACUAUGGCACUUAGCUCUGAAGUGACACGACCCUGUCUUCCUUCCGCCGGCUGGUGGGUAACAGUGCCUUCCCUGUAACGGUAAUGCUGCAGAAUUGCAACCUUUUGUACCUUUCUUUGUGGGACGGGGUGGGGGGGAGAGGAGGUCGGGAGGGAGGGAAGAAAUAUCCCAACGCCAGCAAGCCUCCAGCUAGAAUGCCAGCUAUCUUUCAUUUGAAGGAAUUGACUUCCAUAUUCAUUGAGCUUUUAAAAAAAGGUCACACCCUCAAGAUGGUUAAAAUCCAUUGACAUUUGCACUUUCAGACAUGACAAGUCUCCGAGCUGCUGAGAUGACUGGCCCUUGGCCUUCCCCUUUAGCUCCCCCUUUUCCUUGGCCCCACCCCCCACCCUGCCAGGUCUAGAGUUACUGUGGUAGCGUUCCUCAUGCUUGGCUUCUUUCCCCCUGAUGAUCAAGUCUCUUUUGUUUCAAUAUUUCUUAACUGGGGUGUCUCAUAACAAAAGAUCUUUAGGACUAAAAUAAGAAAACAGAAAACUAAAUGUUAUUUUUAUACCAUAACUUGAGUCUAUUGCCAAAAUCUGGAAAUCCCUCUCAUACUGGAUGAGUUUGCAUCCCAGAAGCAUGGAGCCAUCAGAAGGAACUGUGGCCCUGACUUGUAUUCUGGCCUGGCUAAGUAGGGGGUGGUUGGCUCCCUAGGGCGAGGCUCAGCCUCUGCCCUCUCUCUCUCUGCAGACAGUACCUCCACUGCCCCACCCUUUACUCUUUCCUGUAAGUGAAUCUUCCCUGUCUCUGGACUGGACUGUCCUUUGAUCCUUUGACUAACAGAGGUUCUAGCAUGUCCUCUGGACAGGCUGGAGAAUUUUGCUGCUCCCUAUUGCUUCUGUUUACACAAAUGAAUUUUUCUUAUUUCCCACUAGGGCAUGUGAGUGGGUGGCAUAGGCUUUUCUUUUUCUCCCCAUCUCUCGAGAUCCUGGGGUUCAGCUGUCUUGCAGGACUGGAAAAGAAGUGGGUUCUAGCUUUGUCCUUGCUGACUUGAAGCAAGGCGCCCUCUUUCUUUGACUGUCCUUCUUUCCUUCCUGCACGACUGCUUGGGAUGGGGAAUUUGAACUUUGGUGUACACAGUCCCCUUCUAAGGAGCCUGAGCUUAGGUUUGCCGUACUCUGGGGAUGAAGCCAUGAUAUUUUAGAUCUAGCCCAGGCUUAGAGGCCAGCUGGAGAAAGGAAGGUCUGAAUCCUGGCCUGUGGAGUCAAAACCUCUCUCCAGUAGUCCUUGUACAGACCCAGAUUUGCUAUGCAAACAGUCCAGGUUCAGUUGUGGCUGGCUCCAUGGCUUAGUAACUACCCAAAAGGUAGCACAAACAUUCCUUGUGGAAAAAGCCCAGGACUGUUUAGUAGUUCCUCCUGUACUUUGUUUUCUGCUGGCACAGUAUGGAGUGCCCCAUGGGCACAAUCCCAGCCGAAGAACAGAACAGAGGGCUCUGGGAAGAGGCAGCUCACUGGAGAGCCUACAUUUCUUACACAAGUGCCUAAAGAGAGUGACGCCAACACUCCAUCUACCCUGUCCAUCGCCUUCACAUACAGUCUACUUCUUGUUCCGUCACCCUUAGGGGAGGGAGCUCUCCACAGACGUGUGCUGUCAACUGGGGUACAUUUGGGGGCUUGGAUAAGGGCACUAUUCCUGGAGGGUCCAAUCAUUCACCAGCAUUUGCAGAUGCCCAUAGGGAGCAGGUGACUGUCACAACUCCAGCAGCAAGUUUUUGUUCUCUCCUUUUUUCUUUGCCUCACUCUCUCCAGUUGGGUUUCAAGCUAGGGAUUGGAAAGCAGUUUUAGUCCUUUGGUAUUUAUGUGCCAUUCAAGAAAUAAAAGCAAGAGAAUACUGGGCAUGAUGGCCCAUGUCUGUAAUCCUAUAAUCUCAGCAAUAAGGCUGAAGCAGAAGAUUCGCAAGUUCAGGGUCAGCCUGGGCUGCUCAGUGAAUUCCAGGCCAGGGUGCACUACAUAGCAAAACCAUGUCUCAGAAAAAAAUAAAAAGGAAAAUCGAGAAAAGUAACGUGGGUAAUACAACUUCUUGCUGUGAUUAAAAAACAAAACAAAACAAAUCCUUCAGAUUCAACUGCUCCGGACCAUGUGGGUUCUCCUCAUUCAGAGGCGGUGUGCACGCAUUAAAAGUAGUGUUGCCGCACGGCUCAGCUCGUUUGGGUUUGGUUUGAGUGGUGCGUGGUGCCAAGCUCCACGGAGGCACUGGGAGGAGUCAGUCCACCUUCACUUCGAUCUCUCUCCUUUCCCUCACCCCUCUGUUGGCUUCCCUUUUCCUCUUCUGGCUUUCCCUGGCUUCCUUUUCCCUCUUCACUCAGCUUGCUUGCUGGCUGGCCUGCCUGCCUGUCUGCCUGUGUGAUAAUGAAUUCUCUGCAUGGCCGCAAUGAUCCCACUGUUAGUUGGCAAGGUCAGGCUUUGCUCAUUGACUACAGAAGACCAAAAACGUGUUUCUCAUGCCCAGGGUGUUAACCCUGGGUUGCACUGUCCUCAAGCUUACAGUAGGUCAGACCAGCAGGCCUGUCUAACCGACAAAAUCAGUAGGGUUUCUGGCAGUUUCAACACCUCUCCAUUCUGUGGAACCGAUUGCUCUCGUUUCUAGUGCUGCUGCUUUUUCUCACUACCUGGGGCCUCUCUCUGCUGAGAAUGUCCUAGAGUUGAACUACUUGGGUAUUAAAGAGUAGCCGGCUAGAGGAUGGAUUUAGAAGAGAGUGAAAAGAGAAUGGAGAGAGUCUGGAUAAGAGGUGGUAAAGGAGAGCGCUGCUUUGUAUUCAGUCCAGUGUGAACAUCGGUUGAGGUGCUAGUGCCGGCCACCUGGGAUAGGCCUGGAGCUACUGUGAUUGGGAACGUAUGCUUGGAAUAUGACUACAGUUGAACAUAACUAACCUAAAAGUAUGGAACUACUCUAAAAAAUCUAGUUCUCAACUGUAGCAUAGUUUCUCUAUGGCCUCCUCUUUGGCUGAGCAGCAAUGUUUUUGGACAGUUUUCUUUUUUAACCAGAAUUGUGGGAAUGAUGCCAGGGACACGGUUUUCUUUGCUGGCCCAUGGAAUGUCUACAAGGCUGCUCAGUGUUGUAGACCUGGCAUCAGGCAUCACAAAGGAGGAUGAAGUUUCUUCCCUUUCAGGGUAGAAGAGUCACCUCUCACCUAGCCAAAAGGCAGUUUUGGGAAUUUAUGUCAGGAAAGGUUUUGUUUUGUUUUCUAAUUUCCUAGGCUUUGGAUAACCCAGGAUGGUAGUUAAGAUGCCUUCCUUGGGCAGGGGUCAUGGCAGGGAUAUGCAAGGCAGUCUUUGCUACUUGGCCUUCUAAGCAGACUGGGAAAGAGGGAUUCUCUGGUUUUCUCUUUCUCCCCACUUACUAGGACUUGCCUUCUCCCUGAGCCAGGAGAGAGGCUGGGUUGGUGCUCUCCCCUUACUCUGCUCCUACUGACUUAGAACCUCUGGCUGCUGUACGAUAGCCCAGGAAAGGGAAUGGAAAGAAUGGGCUCAAAACAAAACAGAAUAAUGUAAGGAAGGCAGAUUUCCUUCCUUAAAAAGGGAAAUCAGAAAGUCUCCAAGAAUUGUGUAAGUAAAGACAAUGUGUCUCAAUGCACUGAGUCCUCUGGUGUCAUAGCAAUAAGGAAGAAUGAAAUGACUUCCUGUGCACACAGUCCAGCCUGAUUGGUGUAUGAUGUUGUACUUAGCAGCCAUGUGGUGGGCAUGUGUGACUACUCUGGGUUUCACUUUAUUUUCUAAACUUUUUAUUCCUCUCGAGUCCAGCAUGGAUGGGGAAGUCCCUCGAGCCCCACGGCUGUACUUGUUUGCGAUGUUUCCCAUUGAGACUUGUGUUCGUGUCCUGCUUUGAGCUGUCCCUUGUCCCGUCCAUUGUGAAAUUACCCCAGCAGCUGUAAUGUACAGUUCCUUCUCAAGCAACAGCAGCAGCAGCAGCACAAUUCUGUGUUUUAUAAAGACAACAGUGGCUUUUA